AAGAAUCCACCAGACCAGAGUCUCUACCAUACGGAAUAAUACCACUCGCUCUGGGAGAAAGAUGGUGACGGGGAGAUGCGAUCUAUGGUUGGCGCUGCGAGAUCGAGCAUUGAUCGCCGCCCUUGUUCCAUCCCUGCACGAUCUUUGUCUGGCAAUUGAGGGAGAGCACCGCACUAAACCAAGAGGGGGAGGGAAUAUUCUUUUUUUCUUCUUUUUUAUAUUUUUUUUUACUCUCUUUGCGUGUGUGUGUGUCAGGUAGACUUAGUGUGAAGCCCCUCCCUAGUGGCGUUGACCUGUCCCGGAAUCCCCCUUGACAAGAGGUGGUGGGUGACUUCUGUAAUGUAUGGAUGGAUGUCUGUACUGUACGUCACCUGCGGCCAUGGUUGGUUUCUCGAAAAGAAAUUAACCAUGAUCCCCAGCCGGUAUGGUAGAAUACA